GCAUAACGUAAACAAAAAACAUAAUAAUAUUAUUAAUUAUUAUUAUUUGCUUAAUAGUUAAUACAAUAAUACAACAAUACCCAUGUUGGUUUUAUAAAAUAUGGAUUCAAGUUAAAUCAAACAUUGUCAAAUAACCACAAUAAUUCCCAUUUAUACUAUUAUAAAAUUAAUAAAAUACACAGCGACGGUGUUUGCUAAAGAAAUGAACAACCAUCUUUUUCUAUAAUCUUUUUGACGUACCGGAGAAUCGUUACAAACAUGAGUUCCGGAUUUGUUUCGGAAACAGAGCUUGCCGAACGUCGCAGAAUCCGUCAGGAAGAAUGGGACAAAGUUAGAACGGCUGAACAGCCUUUGGUGGUGCCCGAAGAACAAUAUGAUCACCGAUCAUUGUUCGAUAGACUCGAAGAACAACGCAGAAAAAAAGAAUACGAAUAUGAAGAGACUCAUAAACUCAAAAACAUGAUUAGAGGUCUGGAUGAUGAUGAAGUAGGAUUUCUUGAACUGGUUGAUAAGACAAAAAUGGACGAAGAAAGACGUCAGCUAAUUGAGGAGGCCAGACAGAUUGAAGAAUAUCGUUCAAAAGUAUCAACUCUUCAGUGUGAAACUAUAGUUUCUCCGUUGAUGGUCCAUAUUCCUAAACCACAGACAUUGAAAAGUAGUGUGCCAAGAAAAACACAGAGUAAGCUAUUGGCAGGUGCAAUCGUAAAGAAAAGAACAUCUGAGGAAAGCACUAAUCCUUCAAAAAAACACAAACCUACCUCUGACGAAUCUCAAAUAUUGCCAGAGAAAUUAACAAGUGAAAUCAAAUCUAAUAUUUUACCAGGUCUUGCAUAUUCAGAUAGCUCUGAUAGUGAAGAUGACUAGUUCCCUGUAUACAAUUUAGGAAAAUAAGAGAUUGCAAUUUAAUAACAACCAAAAUAUUUAAGUGGUUCAUAAUUUCAACAUAAAUAAUGUUCUGACAUAAUAUAAGUAUUAAGUAUACAUUUAAAAUUAUAUUAUUCCAUAAUUAAAUUGAACUUUUUGAUUGUAUUUUCUCAUAUUUUAAUGAUAAAAGGUAAAAUAUAUUCUUGUUAUUUUGUUAUAAUUUAUUAUUUCUUUAAAUUAAUUUAUAAUAAUCAAAACUUUACUUUAAUAAAGCAGUAGUAAAAGUUAAUAUAUGAAAAAUACAAGUAUUAUACUCAGAAAAUAAAUAAACUGUUUUAGAACUAUCUAAGUAAG